UUUUUAAGGGGAAUAUUCACAUGUUAAAAAUUUUUAUUGUUGCUCAAAAUAAUUAUUUAGUAACCUUUUUAAUUCUAUUAAUUAUGGUGUCUAUUUCAUCAAUUAAAGCGCUAAUUUUGUCUGGAGGUCGUGAAUCUUUUGCUAGGUCUUUUAGAAUAAAAGGAGAAAAUUAA